AUGCCGGCCCCCAUUGAAGAAGGCAGCAAGACACCAGGUCACCAUUCGCCCGGUGACCAUGUCGAGCUGGUCGACGACCAUCCUUCACCACGACACGAGGGCGAAGCAGGAAGUCCCGCUCUCAGGGAUAGUAAAGGCUGGGACGGGAAGCUGCGGGUGCCAAAGAGUGCUGUGCUCGCAAAUCCCGAAGCCUUAUCGGAUCCGGAAUACUCGGACGAUGACAACGUUGUUCCCGGCGAGGAGGUUGCGGCGGAUGAAGGCAAGCAAUUCGAGAGCGCUCAUCCCCUAGACACCGACGAGAUUAUUUGCACGCACUCCCGCAUUCAGUCCAUCUCGGCAUUGCGUCUUGAGCGCUUCAAACAAGUUGCCCGCAUUUGCCUUCGCCAAAACCUGAUCCAAGACAUUGAAGGCCUCACCGGCGUCGCCGAGACCCUUCAAGAUCUCGAUCUUUAUGACAACCUCAUUUCGCACAUCGGCCGCGGGCUGACUGACCUCACGAAUCUGACCAGCCUGGAUCUAAGCUUCAACAAGAUCAAGCACAUCAAGCACAUCAAUCACCUGACCAACUUGACGGAUCUCUUCUUUGUUUCCAACAAGAUCAGCCGCAUCGAAGGUCUGGAAGGGCUCGACAAGCUGCGCAACCUCGAACUGGGCUCGAACCGUAUCCGCGAACUGCAGAACCUCGACUCGCUCAAGAACCUCGAAGAACUCUGGGUGGCCAAAAACAAGAUCACCGAACUCACCGGCCUCGGCGGCCUUCCCAAGCUGCGUCUGCUCAGCAUCCAGUCCAAUCGGAUCCGCGACCUGUCGCCCUUGCGCGAGGUGCCCCAGCUCGAGGAACUGUACAUCACGCACAAUGCGCUCGAGUCACUCGAGGGACUGGAGCACAACACCAAGCUGCGGGUGCUGGACAUUUCCAACAACAAGAUCGCCAGCCUGAAGGGCAUCGGUCCCCUCGCGGAGCUGGAGGAGUUGUGGGCGAGCUAUAACAUGGUCGGCGACUUCGCCGAGGUGGAGCGAGAACUGAAGGAGAAGAAGAACCUGACAACGGUGUACUUUGAGGGGAACCCUUUACAGCUCAGGGCGCCGGCGUUGUACAGGAACAAGGUCCGGUUGGCGCUACCGCAGGUGCAGCAGAUUGAUGCUACUUUCGUCCGCGUAUGA